ACGACGAGGAUGGCAAGCAGAAAACUAGUCGUCGCCGCGGUUGUUGCCAGCUUCCUGAGCUCUGCCCUUUUACAGCAUAUCGAUACCGAUGGCCUUCUUCCUGUGUCAUUAUUGGACGGGAACUUGGGCUGGUAUCAGGACACCGCAAAGUGUUCCGUUCCUGUAGAAGACUGGUAUGUGCUUUAUAAGACCAGCGCUAACGCUGAUUUCGGAGGAUCAGACGCGCUAUGCAUGAGAUACAAAGUGCAGGAAUUCCAUCCGGGCGAACAAAAAGCUACCUUCAGAGUGACCUCCCUACCAAAUACCGAAAGAACCGAAACAGUGAUGUAUUAUUCACGACAAGGCGAGCAGUACCAAACAAUCAUGGAAACGUUCAAUGGACAUGACCCGGCGGCGAAGCGAGACCACGUGCUCUUUUCGGACUGCAGAAACUGCAAACUUGUUGCUUCUAUUUCAACUCAAAAUCGCACGGAGUGCGUCCUGUACUCACCAGCAAGCGCCAUGUCCAGACCCAUACUGCACUGUCAUUUCCUCUACGAUCUUUUCUGUGGCACAGCCCGGAAGCUCCGCGUGUCUAACGACACGUGUCUGCGGGAGUCCUCUGGACAUCGUGCUCCAAGUGCUGUCAUCAAUGCAUGCAUGCUCAUUUUCGGGGCAUAUCUAUCAUUGAUGUGCAUGCUGUAGUGCGGACAAGCAAUGCGCUAAAAUUAGUUUUCAUGCAUUCCCACAGUUUACAUGGGCUGUAUAUGUUGUAUGUAUGUAUGCUUGUAUAUCGGUUUGCGUCAAACCGUUUUGCAGCUUACGGUGGUCACUGGGUAGUCGUCGAGUGGGUAGCGCAGCAGGCUCCUAUGCUGAUGUAACUUGUUUUGCUGAAACUAUCACUUUUACGUAAGCACGUCGCACGUAAGUAUAACCGCAUAGCCUAUAGCAUAAAUGUUGGACGCCGGAAGCGUAGCAUGCUUUCUUAAAACCAGACACUUUAUGUGUGUGUUUCGUCCGUGUAAAGAAAUCGCCUACGCGCAAUUAAACCGUACAUGUCUAUAAAUAA